GCUACAAAGCCCUUUUUUUUUUUUUUUUUCCUCAGUUCACAUCCUUUCCCUGUCCCUAUGCGGUAAAAGGAUGAACAAAUUCAAGUGCUUCUUCCUCUUCUGCCUGUUGUUCUAGAAUACAGAAUCAUCACAACAUUUUUGCUUCUUUCAAAUUCAAUGGCCAUUGUUUCUUUCUCUUUUCGACCUUAUUUGCAUCCCCCCUCCGCUCCUUCGUCGUCGUCGUCUUCCUCCUCCUCCUCCUCCUCCUUUUUAUGUGGUGGUGUCCACCUUCGGACCCAUAAGAACUUCAUCUCUAUCCAUUCACCUUCCCAUUUUUCUUCCUCGACAUUAAAUAGUAGGUCCUCCUCGAGGAGCUUUCGAACGGCGAUUGCUGCUUCUGGCGACUAUUAUGCUACUCUUGGAGUCUCCAAAUCCGCGACCAACAAGGAGAUUAAGGUGGCUUAUCGAAAGUUAGCUCGUCAGUACCAUCCUGACGUGAACAAGGAACCUGGAGCUAUUGACAAGUUCAAGGAAAUCAGUGCUGCAUAUGAGGUGCUAUCAGAUGAUAAGAAGAGGGCAUUGUAUGAUCAAUAUGGAGAGGCUGGAGUUAAGAGUACGGUAGGAGGAGCAAAUGCUUAUACGACUAAUCCAUUUGAUUUGUUUGAGACAUUUUUCGGGCCAAGUAUGGGUGGCUUUGCUGGCAUGGAUCCAACUGGCUUUGGAACACGCCGCCGCAGUACUGUUACUAAGGGUCAAGACAUUCGUUACGAUAUUUUGUUGGAAUUUUCUGAGGCAAUUUUUGGAGCUGAAAAGGAAUUUGAGCUUUCACAUUUGGAAAAAUGUGAAGCUUGUAAUGGUACUGGAGCAAAGAUUGGCUCCAAGAUGAGAAUAUGUUCGACUUGUGGUGGGAGGGGUCAGGUGAUGAGGACUGAACAAACACCUUUUGGCUUGUUCUCACAGGUUUCAGUAUGUCCAAACUGUGGAGGGGAUGGUGAAGUCAUAUCUGAAUUUUGUCGUAAAUGUAAUAGUGAAGGACGUAUUCGGGUUAAGAAAAAUAUUAAAGUGAAAGUUCCUCCAGGGGUUAGCCCAGGCAGCAUUCUGAGAGUUGCUGGGGAGGGUGAUGCUGGACCUCGAGGGGGUCCCCCUGGAGAUCUAUUUGUGUAUCUUGAAGUAGAAGAGAUUCCAGGAAUUCAAAGAGAUGGCAUUAAUCUCUCUUCAACGAUAACAAUCAAUUAUCUGGAUGCCAUACUAGGGGUUGUUGUCAAGGUAAAUACAGUUGAAGGCAUUUCUGAGCUACAAAUUCCCCCCGGUACCCAACCUGGAGAUGUCCUUGUCCUUGAGAGGAAAGGUGCACCAAAAUUAAACAAACCAUCAAUACGUGGUGACCACUUAUUUACAGUUAAAGUUAUGAUACCAAAACGUGUCAGUUUAAAGGAGCGUGAGUUGCUUGAAGAACUUGCUUCACGAGGCAGCAAAACAAGCAGCCGUUCAAAACCCCGUCCUAGCAUUCACUCUUCCAAGGGAAGGGCUGAAGAUUCUGUGGCUCAAAGUGCUGAAAGUCCAACAGUAGUUGAAGAAAAAACUGAACAGUCAGAAGACCAAGAUGACGUAUGGAAUAAAUUGAAGAAUUUUGCUGGGUCUGUCGCAAAUGGAGCUCUGAAGUGGCUAAAAGAUAACCUGUAGUACUCCCAUCCCAAGGGUAUACCGAAUGAGGCUUAGAUUUUGAUUCUCAUUAUUCCUAAAACUGCUGGAAGUUCGAGUGCUAUGGGAAACAUUUCCUCGCGGAUGCAAUCGUUAGAAAGUUUGUUAGCAUUGCGCGGUAGAAACGAAUAGUUUCGCUUGCGUAUUCUUUCAUUUGUUUCACUUGUACAUUGACACAAGUCAAUUCACACAGUAGUACUACAACUUGCUGGAGGAAAGUUGUCCAAGGCAGGAAUAACACUUCCAAUGUUAUUCCAUGAAGCAGAUUUCCGCCGGAAAAAGUCUACCGUACACAUUCUGAUAGAACUAUAGAAGUCCCCAAUAAUGUUUGACACAUCAUUCAUCAAUUAUGGUCAGUUUCAUGAACUUUCAUCAACGAAAUUAAAUCUUCUAUAAAAUUAUCCUACUCCUUCUUGGAGAGUCAUCGACAAUGUGAUUUUGAUCUGGGAUUUUGCCUGCACAUCAGAUGUGUUCUCUUUUAAUGCUAGUUUUUAUUUUAAUUUGUUUUAAGUCGAUAUAAUUUCUUGUAGAUUGAA